AUCCUGCUCUGCAAUUGUUCUCCCAAAAAACAGAGACUCUGUGUUCUGUUCAGUAAAAAAAUAGCACAACAGUAUGAGCUCCGUAGUUACUCUAGCUUGUUCGUUUCCAUGGCUUACAUCUGUACUACCAUCCUCUUCUUCUUCGUCGAAGUUUUUGAAAUACCAAUCAUGCCCUUCCUUCUCAAAACCUUGUCACAGAGCGGUCUAUUGCUGCGGAUCCCAACCUCAAUAUGCAGUCACUGAUCUCGGAUUCGUCUUGCACGAUGCUCUUGAUUCCUCUGGAGUCGACACCACCCAUGCCAGAGAGGCUAGGAAGGGUUUCAUGUCCCAGAUUGAGAGACUGUCAAGUAUAGAGAGGCAAACCAGCAUAAGCAUUAAUAGACGUGUUGAUUUGGGGAAAACGGCUCUCUAUAUAGCAGCAGAAGAUGAUUCCCUUGUAUCACACUCCUCCGUUCCACUCCCUGUGGAUGCUUUUGUGGAAAGAUUGGAUGAUCUCUCAACGGGCUACCUUUCUUUCUAUAACUCUUCUUUUGGCUCAUCCCCGGAGAUUUUCUUGGAAUGUUUGGAGAGCUAUUUGUAUGGCAAGAAGGGUUUCCGAAGAAGCUACUAUACAAGGAAUCAAUUAGAGCCACGGGCUUUGUAUCUUCACUCAGUUUUGACACAUCGAUCAGGAUCCGCUGCUAUGCUGUCACUUAUAUAUUCAGAAAUCUUGAAAAUGCUACGCUUGUGGACCAUAUUGGAUUUUGAUUGUGAGAUAUUCUUCCCUCAUGAUCGUUAUGGUCUUCCCAGAGGCUAUCAUAAGCUGAAAAGCAAGGCAUCUGAUCAAUCACAUAUAAUGACAACACAAAACCUACUGGUGGAGGUUUUGAAAAAUUUGAAGGAGGCAUUUUGGCCUUUUCAACAUGAUGAUCCUAAGACUUUAUUCUUAAGUGCAGCAGAGGUUGCGAAUUGCACUGAUAAAUCAAAUGUUGUCAGAGAAAGUGGUUUUCAGGUUGCAUCUGCAAAGGCUGCUCAACAUAGGCUUGAACGUGGUGUUUGGACCAGUGUACGUUUUGGCGAUAUGAGGCGUGCAUUAGCUGCUUGUGAACGUCUUAUACUUCUACAAACUGACCCGAGGGAGUUCAGAGAUUACAGCAUUCUUCUUUACCAUUGCGGAUUUUUUGAAAAGUCACUGCAGUAUCUCAAGCUGUAUCAAGAAACAAAGAGUUCUUCCCCGGAAAGCCCUUCAUCCAAUAAAUUUAGCAGCCUGGAGAACGAUGCUGUUGAGAGAUUGAUGGUACGGCUUACUUUGAUCUUGAUGGAAAAAGGUUGGAGCAAGGCGUCAGACAGAAACUUUUUCAGCAAUAACUCUGAACCAUGGUAGUUUUCCUCAUUCUGUUGUCUCAAAAUGGACUAAGAAAGCAUCACAGAAUACAGUUGGGAAGGGUGAUGGUUCAUUUAAUUCGAUUCUUCAAUAAACCCCCAUGGACAAGAUGAUCGGCCCAAUUUUGGCAUUUUAGCGGAUGCCUACAUUUUAAAAUUGGUUCAUCUUUAUGGAGUGAGGACCACAAGCUGGAGGUAUUUUGCAUAUUUUGAAGGAAGAUUGUCUAUCAAAGGAUCCACAAAUCGGACUGUGCCGGGGGAAGGUAGCACCCAUUGACUUGAUUUUAGACUUCAAAGUUCCAUAUAACCAUACUCUCUCUGUAGUGUAAUAUACUUGGGAUGUUAUAUGCUUCGACAUGUAGUAAAACUUGUAGUAAAUGAUGUGUCUCUUGCUGCUUAUCUCUAACCAAGAAAAAGAAUCACAGUGUAUGUAUAUACUAGAGUUUGCAAUGUCAGUCAGCUUGCUCAGA